UUUGUUUUGGUGCUGAAAAAUUUGUGUUUAUUGUUCAUCAUGGCAGCGCCAAUAGAAAUUCCAUUGCGGGAUACCGACGAGGUUAUUGAGGUGCAUCCGGAUCAGUUGCCAGAAUGCCAAGAAGUACUAGCGAUUUUACGCCAAGAAAGAUCCCAGUUGAGCACCUGGGUCAACGUCGCCUUGGCAUACUACAAAGAAAGGAGAACGGCUGACUUCAUCAGACUAUUGGAAACUGCGAGGGCGGAGGGCAAUACUGACUAUCGUGACAUGGAGAAAGAUCAGAUGCGCGCUUACGAUAUGUUGGCUGCACAUUAUGUACAGGAAGCAAACCGGGAGAAAUCAAAAGAGAAAAAGCGAGAGUUAUUUAUGAAAGCCACAAACUUAUACACUACUGCAGACAAGAUUAUAAUGUACGAUCAAAAUCAUUUAUUGGGCAGAGCAUAUUUUUGCUUAUUGGAAGGCGAUAAAAUGGAGCAAGCCGACGCUCAGUUUAAUUUCGUCCUUAAUCAGUCACCAGCGAAUAUUCCUUCGCUUUUAGGAAAGGCAUGUAUCGCAUUCAAUAAAAAGGAUUAUCGAGGCGCUUUAGCUUUUUACAAAAAGGCCUUACGUACAAAUCCUAACUGCCCAGCAAACGUACGUAUGGGCAUGGGACAUUGCUUCCUCAAAAUGAAUAACCAAGAAAAAGCAAAGCAAGCAUUUGAAAGAGCACUAGAACUCGAUAACAAUUGCGUUGGUGCACUUAUUGGGUUAGCAAUUUUGAAAUUGAAUUUACACGAACCCGACUCAAACAAAUUGGGCGUUCAAAUGCUGUCGCGAGCCUACACUAUUGAUUCUACAAGCCCAAUGGUUCUUAAUCACCUGGCAAACCAUUUCUUCUUCAAGAAGGAUUACCAAAAAGUACAACAUUUAGCCUUGCAUGCUUUCCAUAACACUGAAAACGAAGCCAUGAGGGCAGAGAGCUGCUAUCAGCUGGCGCGCAGCUUUCAUGCUCAAUGUGAUUACGACCAAGCAUUUCAAUACUAUUAUCAAUCGACUCAAAUUGCACCAGCAAAUUUUGUACUGCCACAUUACGGUCUUGGUCAAAUGUACAUAUAUAGGGGUGACACAGAAAAUGCUGCUCAAUGUUUUGAAAAGGUUUUAAAAAUACAGCCAGGAAAUUAUGAAACAAUGAAAAUCUUGGGAUCGCUCUAUGCUAAUUCUAAUUCACAAGCGAAGCGUGAUAUGGCAAAGUCACAUUUAAAAAAGGUUACUGAACAAUUUCCGGACGACGUAGAAGCAUGGAUUGAAUUAGCUCAAAUACUGGAACAAAAUGAUUUGCAAGCCUCACUAAACGCCUACGCUACGGCAUCUAAUAUUUUACUUGAGAAAGUUAAAGUAGAAAUACCGGCGGAAAUUUUAAAUAAUGUUGCCGCUUUGCAUUAUCGAGUUGGGAAUCUAACUUUAGCUAAACAAAAGUUGAACGAAGCCAUACAACGCGCUAAAAUUGAAGCACAAAAUUCGAAUGCUGAUAAGCAAUAUUAUGAUUCCAUAUCGGUUACAAUGACCUAUAAUUUAGCGCGUCUUAAUGAAGCAAUGUGCAGUUUUGACGUGGCCGACAAACUAUUUAAAGAUAUAUUAAAGGAGCACCCUAAUUAUAUUGACUGCUACUUACGUUUAGGAUGCAUGGCACGUGACAAGGGUCUCAUCUUUGUGGCAUCUGACUUUUUCAAGGACGCAUUAAAUAUCAAUAAUGACAAUCCAGACGCUAGAUCUUUAUUAGGAAAUUUACAUUUGGCAAAAAUGCAGUUCGCUUUGGGUCAGAAAAAUUUUGAAACUAUUUUAAAAAACCCGACGACUGCCACAGAUGCAUAUUCGUUAAUUGCGCUUGGAAAUUUCUCAUUACAAACCCUCCAUCAGCCCAUUAGGGAUAAGGAAAAGGAACGGAAGCAUCAAGAGAAGGCAUUAUCGAUAUAUAAGCAGGUGUUGCGCAAUGAUCCUCGAAAUAUUUGGGCUUCGAAUGGAAUCGGUGCAGUACUCGCACAUAAAGGAUGUGUUAUUGAAGCACGCGACAUAUUUGCACAAGUCCGAGAAGCAACGGCAGAUUUUUCCGAUGUCUGGUUAAACAUUGCUCAUAUAUAUGUGGAGCAAAAACAAUAUAUCAGUGCAAUACAAAUGUACGAGAAUUGCAUGAAAAAAUUUUAUAAGCACCAUAAUGUCGAAGUGAUGCAGUAUUUGGCGCGUGCAUACCUGCGUGCUGGUAAACUCAAAGAAGCAAAAACGGUUUUGUUGAAAGCCAGAAGGGUCGCGCCACAGGAUACGGUAUUACUUUUCAAUAUUGCGGUGGUACUGCAACGGUUAGCUAUGGCGAUCCUUAAAGAUGAGAAGUCAACACUUGAUGUAGUACUGCAAGCCGUACAUGAAUUGGAGUUAGCGCAAAGAUACUUUCAGUAUCUCUCUAUUUGUGGCGAUAAGACUCGCUUUAACGUAGACAUAGCUGGUAUGGAGGCUAAUCAAUGCCAAGAUCUUCUCUCACAAGCCCAGUAUCAUGUUUCACGUGCUCGUCGUAUAGAUGAAGAAGAAAAGGCAUUGCGCCGUAAACAGGAAGAAGAACGCUUGGCUUUCAAGACGAAACAAGAGGAAGAACGUAAACGUCGCGAGGAGGAACAAAAGACGUCUCGUGAACAGAUGCUUGUGAAGCGUCAAGAAUAUGUGGAGAAAACCAAGGGCAUAUUGAUUAUUUCAGAAAAUCCUCAGUCCAAAGAGCGUAAGAAAGGAGGUCGCCCACGUAAAGAUGGAUAUGUUUCUGAUUCCGGUAGCGAUGUUGGUGAAAUAGAUGGUGCUGAACGAUCUAAAAGGAAACCGAAGGAACGUAAGAAGGGUGUUGGAAGAAAACGAAAAUCCGCAGCAGACAAAUAUGAUAGUGACAGUGAUGGUGAGAUUCAGCAGAAAGGAAAGAAACAGAAAAAACGAAAGGGCAAGGAAUCAAAAGAAGAGAAAUUAUCAGCCAAGCAGCGUCUUAAAAUCGUUUCCAAAGCUACAAUAUCAACAAGUGAAUCAGAUAGUGAUGCUGGUGCACGAAAGCGAAAACUUAGUGGCACGGGUGAUAGUGACAGCGAUGGUAGUGUGGCAUCAAAGCGAGCACGUCGUAUAUCAUCAAGGUCGGCAUCUGAGCAACGUUCACGUAGUGGAAGUCGUUCACGUUCACGUUCACGUUCACGUUCUCGAUCUAGAUCCGGAUCCAGAUCUCGUUCACCAUCGAAAGAUAGAUCACGCUCACCAUCGAAAAAUAGAUCGCGUUCGGGUAGUCGGGCAUCAAGGCGAUCACGUUCAAAAUCAAGUUCAAGAUCUAAAUCACAUUCGCGUUCGAGAUCUGUUACACGUUCUCGUUCACCAUCUUCUUCACCGUCACCUUCAAAAGCCAAGUCUUCAAAGAGAUCUCCCUCACACAGUCCUUCAGGUUCGGAAUCAGAAUAAAACUAAAAAAUAUUUUUCAUUUUAUUAUGUAUAUGUAUGUAUGUACACCAACAAUAUAAAAUAAAUAAAAUACAUCAAUC